AUGGCAGCUCCUACUCUUCCGAUAAUCUCCCUGCCACGGCACCACCACGUCUCUCUCCCCCCUGCAACUGCUUCCAUAACUGUCAAUAACGACCGAUACUUUUCGAACCACCCAACAAUUUCACUGGUCAAUCAAUGUUCGAAUUCGAAACAACUCAAACAGAUUCACGCCCAAAUGCUCCGCAACGGUCUUUUCUCCGACCCCUUUUCAGCCAGUAUCCUCGUCUCCGCCUUUGCCAUUUCUCCUUUGCAAGACGUUGAUUAUGCCCACAAACUGUUCGACCAAAUUCCCAAGCCAAAUAUCUACACUUGGAACGCGCUAAUUCGCGCUUACUCUUCCAGUCAAGUACCCAUCCAAAGCCUCUCGAUUUUUAUCCGGAUGCUCUACCGAUGUGAUGAAGUGUUACCUAACAAGUUCACAUACCCUUUUCUGAUCAAAGCAGCAUCCGAGCUUUUGAAUAUGAGAGUAGGAGAAGUUCUUCAUGGGAUGGCUAUCAAGACGUCCCUUGGUUCGGAUGUUUUUAUACUCAAUUCUCUUAUACAUUUUUAUUCUUCCUGUAAAUGUCUGGAUUCAGCGUAUAGAGUUUUCCAGAAUAUUCCUGUGAGAGAUGUUGUUUCCUGGAACUCCAUGAUUACGGGUUUUGCACAGGGUGAUCGUCCUGAUGAAGCUUUGAAGCUGUUUCACGAAAUGCAAGGUGAGAAUUUGAAACCCGAUAAAGUAACAAUGAUGAGCGUCUUGACUGCUUCAACAAAGAAGUUAGAUUUGAACACCGGAAAAUGGGUUCAUUCUAAUAUCCAAAGGUACGGAAUCAAAGAAAGCUUGAAUCUAAACAACGCAUUGCUUGAUAUGUACACAAAAUGCGGAAGCCUAGAAGACGCCCAGAAACUGUUCGAUAAAAUGCCUGAGAAAGAUAUCGUCUCAUGGACAACCAUGCUAGUUGGGUAUGCAAAAUCAGGCGAUUACAUUACAGCCAGGAAGCAUUUUGACACCAUGCCUAGUCAAGAUAUUGCUGCAUGGAACGCCUUAAUCUCAUCUUAUGAACAAAGUGGCAACCCAAAAGAAGCUUUGGCUAUUUUCAAUGAACUACAAGUGAGUAACAAAGCCAAACCUGAUAGUGUCACCCUGGUUAGCACUCUUUCUGCUUGUGCUCAAGUGGGAGCCAUGGACAUGGGUGGAUGGAUUCAUGUUUACAUCAAGAAACAUGGAUUCAACCUCACUUCUCAUCUCAUAACCUCAUUAAUCGACAUGUAUGCUAAAUGUGGGGAUCUAAAUAAAGCCCUUGAGGUUUUCAAUUCAGUCGAUAGUAAAGAUGUUUUUGUCUGGAGUGCCAUGGUUGCAGGUUUUGCAAUGCAUGGACGUGGAAGAGACGCGAUAGAAUUAUUCAAGAAAAUGGAAGAAAACAACGUGAACCCUAAUUCUGUUACUUUCACUAAUCUACUAUGUGGUUGUAGCCACACGGGAUUAGUUACAGAAGGGCGUGAUUUCUUCAAGAAAAUGGAGGAUGUUUAUGGGGUUGUUCCCGGGGUGAAACACUAUGCUUGCAUGGUGGAUAUGCUUGGGCGUGCGGGUUGUUUAGAUGAAGCUAUGGAGUUGAUAAAGUCAAUGCCAAUGCCUCCUUUGGCUUCUGUUUAUGGAGCUUUGUUAGGUGCAUGUAAACUCCAUGGAAAUGUGGAAAUUGCUGAAGAAGCUAGUAGUCGUUUGAUAGAACUUGAGCCAUGGAAUCAUGGUGUGUAUGUUCUUUUGUCCAAUAUUUAUGCCAAAUUUGGAAAAUGGGACAAGGUUGCUAUGUUAAGAAAGAGAAUGAAAGAUGUUGGAUUAAAGAAAGAACGCGGGUGUAGCUCGAUUGAGGUGGAUAAUCGCGUUCAUGAGUUUGUUGCAGGAGAUAACACGCAUCCGCAAGCUGAGAUGAUAUAUGAAAAGCUUAAUGAGAUUUUUGAGAAGUUGAAGUUGAUUGGGUAUGAGGCGAAUCGAUCUCAAGUUAUUCAAUGUGUUGAAGAAGAAGAUAUGCAAGAACAUGCGUUACAUCUUCAUAGUGAGAAGCUAGCAAUUGCUUUUGGGUUAAUUAGUUUGAAAAAAAGUCAACCGAUUCAUGUUAUGAAGAAUCUUCGUGUUUGUGGAGACUGUCAUAACGUUGCGAAGAUGAUUUCAAAGGUUUAUGAUAAAGAGAUUUUGUUGCGAGAUCGGUAUAGGUUCCAUCAUUUUAAAGAAGGCAAAUGUUCAUGUAAAGACUAUUGGUAA